GACACGACAAACAUGCUGGGGAGACUGCUGCUGACGGCCGCCGUGGUGCUCGCCGCUAUUCACGGGUCCGCCGCCCAGUUCCAACCAACCCAAAAUAAAGACAUUGCUAUGACGGAGUGCCCUGAUGGCCAGCCCCUUGUGCACUGCACAGUAGACCCCUGCAGUACCGUUCUGUGCCCGGCGAGAACACAGUGUGUGUCCAACUACUGCGGUGGGUGUAAUGCCGUGUGCGUCCCGAUUAAACCUCCGGUUCGGUGCACCAGCUGGACAAACUGGUUUGACCGAGACAACCCCUCCGUCACCGGCGACUGGGAAACGUUGUCCAACCUACAGGAGGAGAACCCGGGCAUGAUCUGUAAGGCGCCCACCGCUAUCGAGGCGCGCGUCGUCGGUACAGGGCAGGACGCGCUGGCCACGGGGGAAAACUUCGCCUUCUGUGACGCCACCACCGGCUUCGUGUGCAGGAAGGACGACCAGCCCGACAACGAGUGUCUGGACUAUGAAGUCCGCUUCUGCUGCCCUGAAACCGUUCCAGACUGCCCUGCCGGGUCCUGGACGCCCUGGUUUGACCGUGAUAACCCCUCUGUCACCGGCGACUGGGAAACCCUAGGGUCGCUCCGGAAGGAGAACCCGGGCAGGAUCUGCUUUAGCCCUACAGCUGUGCACGCGCGUCAUCAAUACACAGGUGGAGGCGUCGCUUGCAGGAGAAGUCCUCUACAAGUACGACACGACAAGCGGGUUCGCCUGCAGGAAGGUCGACCAGGACGACAACACGUGUCUGGAGUAUGAAGUCCGCUUCUGCUGCCCUCCGUGCCCCCGUUGGACGCCCUGGUUCGACCGUGACAACCCGUCUGUUACCGGGGACUGGGAGGUUCUGUCCCACCUCCGCCCGGAAAACCCCGGCCAGAUCUGCCGAUCGCCCAUCGACAUA